AUGUCAAGAAAAUCUGACAUUCGAGUUGCUCCCCUUAAUUAUAAUUAUAAUUAUAAUUGCUCGCCAACGUUUCAGCUCUUCCAUAUUUCGCUGAUCGACGCUCGAUUAACACGAAGGCAUGUCAAGAGGAGUAAUCCGGGAUGCGCGAGCAGCGCCAACGCGCAGACGCAUGAAGCGUUCUCGCGACUCAUCAAUCGACUCGACGAUGAGAUGUUCUCCUACGUGCAGCCUGAAGCCAAUUUUCGGCUCGACUUCAAACCCAUCCACAAUCACAAAAUGUCGCCGGCGAAUCGCGACUGCCAUGUGCCGAACGACGCCACCGACGGUCCAAUACUUGAGCGAUCCGUGUGCCCAUACCACUAUAGGCUGAAUUAUAACGAAAAGAUCAAUGGCCGCAAGGUGUUCUGCGAGCCGAUGUACUACAACAUGAGGAUAAUGGAAUUCGACGAGUCGUGCGACAAAUUCGUCGAGAAGAUCGAGCGAAUCGCGUUGGCGUGCGUCACGAACUCGAUCUCCGACGCAUCCGUGACCCAUCAGACGCCGGUGAAGCCGCCAUCGCCAGUCUAG